AUAGUGGGCCGUAUAUAUCCGGAGUUCAAUUUUCAGCUGUUCCUGAAAAUAUAUAUCCCGUCCUUUGUAGAAGGGGCAAUAAAAGGGUGGCUAGUGCUUCGUGUGCCUACUGACACGAUUUCCAGGGUGCCUGAAACCGAUCAGAAUUUUUUGAUUUGGUGUUCGAAUUUGACUGAAUAUUCAUCGAGGAAGAUAAGCAAAUUGGUGACUACUAUCAGGCAGAAAUCAAGGUGUUCCUUUGCAAAGGAGUACAUCAUCAGUCUUUAGUUUCUUAUCAAGUUAAAAAACUUCAAAGAAUGUUUACUUUAUGGUAUACAGUCCUCUCAUACAAGGAGUACAAAGAUUCUAUCUGGGAAAAACUUACUUCAAAAAAAGGUCCAGGCCCUAAAGAAACAGCAAUUGUCUGCCCACUACCGCCAAAAAAAACUGAACCGCCCUCCAGAAUACCAAUAGUCGACCCUCCCAAGCCUCCACGUACUCCAUCUCCGCAAAUACCGGCCAGUCCUCCAUCUCCACAGCCUCCAAAACCCCAACUGCCUCCUCAAAAACCUCCAACACCUGAACCACCACGUAUGGCUCCAGCUCCACCUAAAAGCCCAGAAUUACCCACUCCCGUUCCUCAGAGGAUGGAACCUCCCCCGAAGCCCCCACGAUCUCCUUCACCCCAUCCAAUAAAAGCACUCGAUGAUAUUGAAUAUGAUGAGGAGGAGAGUGAAGAAAGUAGCGAGGAAGAAGAAGAGGACUCGGUAUUGGCUACUCCCCAAAGGCGACCGGUUGCGAAAAAUGUCAAUGAUUUUCUUGAAAGAGAGAAAAUGACUUAGUUGAUUCACUUUUUUUUUGUUUCUUUUAUUUUGUUAAUUUCUUAUUUUUCUUUAGUUUUAAGAGAUAUUUAUAUAAAAGGUGUCAAGAGAAAUGUUUUUUAUUCAUUUUUGGGUGAAAUAUAAAGGAAAUAAUUUUGAGUGCAUCUUUUAAAAGAGGGGGAAAUCACAGAAAUCAAGUAUGUAUUAUAAUAAAAAAUUGAAAAUGAAUAUUCAGUGAUAUACAUUUGACCUUAAGAAUAAUAUUUUAAUGCCUACCAUAAUUGUUGACUAAUAUUUUUGGGAAAGUUGUUAAAUAUACUAUAAUAAAUGGUAUAAUAAUUAAAUA